UCAGAAGAACCACCACAGAUCAAUAGAAAAUAGCUUAUCGAAAGGCCCGUCGCGACUAGCUCAUUACGCGGAAGCAAGCCGAGCCUUACAAGCCCCAUAGAUCUUUGGAGUUCGAGCCCGCGAAUAACGUCGUCUUUCGUUUGUUUCCAAGCCGUUGAUACGAGCACUCUUACUACUACAGCGUCAGCUACUACUAGUAUGGCCACGACGCUUCUACCAUCAGCACACUCUGCGACGCAUUUGCCGACGUCGUUCGCCGACCUAUCAGAAGACGUGCUUCUGCACCUGCUUGCUCGCCCAUCUUCCGGUGGCCCGAGCCGCGAGCUUUCCCCGGAAGACCUCGCACGGCUCGAGGCGGUCUGCUACGCCCUCCGCCGCCCGCUCCUGCUCCCCCCGAACCGCCGCCACUCCGUCGUCGAAACAUCCGCGCGCGCGAGAUGCUUGCGCCACCCGCUGCUCGCGCGGGUCCCCGCGGAGCUGCUGCGCGCAAUGGCGGCGCAGCGGUGCGGCGGAAGCUGGCUGCGCGUGCUGCGUUUCGCGUGGGCGGUGGAGGAGGCCUGGGGGUUGCGGCGGGGAAGUGAUUCGGAAGUGGAGGUCGGAGGGGGGGAGGGGAAGCGCGGAUGUGACGCGGCGGAAGCCGCCUUGCUCGCCGCGGAUUGGGCGGCGGCGGCGGAAGGGGAAGAUGAGGCCAGCCUGGGGAGGGAGGGAGGUCGCCGCGGCCCGGGAUUAACAGCCGCUGUUUACGCGGGCGAUUACUGCUCGUUCCAGAUAAAGACUAGCGGCGAGCUGUGGGUGUACGGAUCAGGCACGCGCGACGGCACCCCACAAUUCGCCCCCCCGCGUACCGCGCCAACUCACCCAGCACCAGUCGUCCCAACCCCCGCCCCGAAUCAGCCUCCCCCGAAUCAACCCGCCCCCGCGACUGUCGAGCCGCCCCAGGCGGCUCAAGGUUGGGCGGCUGCCGCCAGCAGCGCCCUGGCCGCCGGCCUGGCUGCUGUGCGUCUCGGAGCCAGCACCGCAGGCUCGGGCAGUGCCGCAGCGAUAGGCUCGGCAGUAGGCUCGGAGAGGCUGAAUGGGCGCACGAUGCAGCAAGCGCAGCAGGGAGGGGGGCGGAGAGGGCGGAGGGGAAGCCUCAAGGCGCAUAUAGUGGUGGGGGAAGGGGCGUCGGGGGGUGCUGGGGGAGAUGGGGGGAACCAUGGGGCGGCGGCAGGGGCAUCCGGGGUGGGUUAUUAUGAGGAGCAUGGGGUGGGUGGGGGGGGUAGGGAGGAGGACAGGGUGGUGCAAGUAGCGGGGGGAAGAGCGUUCACUGUGAUACUAACGGAAGCAGAGGAGGUUUACACAAUGGGGCAGGACUCUAACGGGUGCUGCGGGCACGGGCAGGAAGGGGCGGGGAAGAAAUUUUCCCAGCCGAAAUUAGUGGAGGCUUUAAGAGGCGUGCCAUGUCAGCAGGUGGCCACAGGGAGGAGCCAUACCUUGGUUCUAGCUACGGAUGGCACAGUGUAUGCGUUCGGAGCAGGCGGCAAUGGCCGGCUGGGGAUAGGGGAUACGGACGACAGAUGCCGGCCAACGGUUGUGGAGGGUCUGCGGCCAGAAGUGCUAGCUGCCGUGCUGGACGGUGCCGUGCUGGACGGAGCCAUGCUGGACGGAGCCAUGGGCGGCAGGGGAGAUGAUACCAUGGGUGGGAGCAGCGACCGUAUGGGCGGCAGGAGCACUGACAUGGGCGGCAGUGGCGAUGAGUAUGCUCAAUACCGCAUAGUGAGUGUAGCAGCUGGCGCCAGCCACUCUCUCGCCGUCACGGCAGGCGGAGUGGUGCUGGCUUUUGGCCGCGGGCAUAGUGGGCAGCUGGGGGGUGCGCAGCGGUGGGGGUUGGGUGGGGCGGAGGAGCAAGAGGUCAGAGGGGGACAGGAGAGGACGGAGGGGGUGAGAGGAGGAGGGCGGAUAGGGAGAGCGCAGGGGAGAGCCGGGGGUGCAUCCAGCGUGCGUGUGGCUAGGCGUGCUGGCGGUGCUACAACCGCAGCAGCAGCAGCAGCAGCAGCAGCAGCAGCAGCAGCAGCUGACCUCUCUGAUUGUCUGGUGCCGCAGCCUGUGGCGUGGUUUCUUGACUCGGGCGUGCAUGUGCUCAAGGUGGCGGCUUCUGUGGACUACUCUGCUGCUGUCGACUGCCUGGGGCGGGUGUUCAUGUGGGGUUCAGGCUACUGCGGGUGUUUGGGCAAUGCCAGCGAGGCCAAUGAGGUGCUGCCACGCGUUGUGGAGGGGCUCCUGCAUACUCGAAUAGUGCAGGUGACUCUGGGAAAGCGCAAGACUCUGGCGUUGGACGACCAGGGCCGGGUGUUUGCCUUCGGGUGGACAGCCUUUGGAGGGCUCGGAGUGGCAACCGGGCGCGAACAAGGUGUUUGCUCCCAUGGCGGUCGAAGCUCUGGAGGGCAAGAGGGUGGUGCAGAUAAGCACGGGGGCGUAUCACACCAUCGCUUUGUGCCGUGACGGCACCUGCAUUGGCUUUGGAGACAACGAGCAGGGGCAGCUGGAGCUGCACUGAAGCAACCAACCGUGGGCUCCUUGCAUUUUGUGGCGCCUCAGGAGCAUUGCCUUCUGCCGUGGCGGCACCUGCAUUGGGCUUUGGAGACAACGAGCAGGGGCAGCUGGAGCUGCAUCGGGCCUGCGCUGAAAGGCUGAUGCGCUGAAAGUCUGAUGCGCUGAAAGGCUGAUGCGCUGAAAGGCUGAUGCGCUGAAAGGCUGAUGCGCUGAGAGGCUGAUGCGCUGAGAGGCUGAUGCGCUGAGAGGCUGAUGCGCUGAGAGGCUGAUGCGCUGAAAGGCUGAUGCGCUGAAAGGCUGAUGCGCUGAAAGGCUGAUGCGCUGAGAGGCUGAUGCGCUGAAAGGCUGAUGCGCUGAAAGGCUGAUGCGCUGAGAGGCUGAUGCGCUGAGAGGCUGAUGCGCUGAAAGGCUGAUGCGCUGAAAGGCUGAUGCGCUGAAAGGCUGAUGCGCUGAAAGGCUGAUGCGCUGAAAGGCUGAUGCGCUGAAAGGCUGAUGCGCUGAAAGGCUGAUGCGCUGAAAGGCUGAUGCGCUGAAAGGCUGAUGCACUGACAACGAGCAAAGGCAGCAUUGCCCCGCUGCUCGUUGGCGGCACCUGCAUUGGCUGCAGUGGCAACGAGCAGCGGCAGCUGGAGCUGCAGUGAAAGUGCUAUGCUGUGCUGCGCCGUUGGGUGCAUAGGUGACUUUUGAGUCGACUUACAGUAGAAUUCACCAGGCGCAACUAGAGCUGCAAUACACUAUGCACUCAUCGUGCUGUGCAGCAGCAUGACUGAAUGCACAGCACCUGUACUCUGCAUUGCACUCGGCGACAACCGAUUGGGCCAGCUGGAGCAAGCUGCAUUGCUUUUGUACAGAAGUUGAGUGCUUCAGUGCUGAAAGGAAAUGGUAUUUCCUUAUCACGGGUUUUAGUCAGUAACGGGUACACAUCAGGCCUCUGGAUAGGAUUAAAAGUACUCUUUCUUGUAAGGGUACUCGCUUGCUGCCACUUUUUCUGUAAGGGUAUAUUUUAAAGCUACUUUGUAAUAUAAGGGUCCUAAAUAU